UUAAUCAUGUCACAUUUUUUUAGUUUUACAUUCAUUAUGCCGUUUGCUAGAAUAUGCCCUCGGCUGUGUACCAAUAUACGUAGCCUUCACAUGUCGAGGGUCAAGACAGAACAUCAGAGAAAACUUUUGAUAUCUGCUGGAGUUUGCACAAUGUGUGGAGUUGCCAUCAGUGGUAAAAUGCUGUAUGAUCAUUAUUCAGGCGUGAAAAGGAGCAUGCCGAAGCUCUAUGUAUCCAAUGGACUGCAUGCGGCUACAGCUGUUAAUACUGUGACCUCUGAGGAAAAUGAUAAGCAGCCGGAUGUGUACCAACAUGCGAGAGAAAGACGGUUCCAUGAAUUUGCGUCAGUGAUAGUUGACGGUGAGAAAUAUAUGACUGCGCAAGAUUUUCUUGAAUCUGUAACUGAAGAAGAACCGCGGCCAAGAAUUGGUUUACGCAAAAUACACAAACAUGAUCUCAGGUCAAUACUCAACCGAACACCUGGCAGAAGACAAGCUUCAUCUAAUUUGUUCAGGAAAAUUCACGAAAACGGCAUCAUUUCGUAUUCAGAAUAUUUGUUUCUACUUUGCAUCUUGACAAAACCAAAAGCUGGCUUCAAAAUUGCUUUCAAAAUGUUUGAUACCGACGGGAAUGAACGCGUGGAUAAACAGGAAUUUUUAGUGCUCGAGGAAAUUUUCCGGAACAAAACAGAGAAAUCGACAAUAGUGCGCGAGGAAACGUUGAACGGUGGAAUACUCUCACUCGCCGACAUUAAAGGGAUUCUUUCCAGUAAAGACACUGCUGUGCAUGAUACAUCACUUCUUGUACACUUCUUUGGGCGAAAAGGAGACGAGACGCUGAGUUUCGAGGAUUUCUACCAGUUUAUGGAUGAUCUACAAACGGAAGUGCUAGAAAUAGAAUUUUUGACGUAUAGUCAUGGAAUGCCCACAAUUUCAGAAGAAGAUUUUGCUCAUGUUUUACUGAGGUUCACUGAUAUAUUAGAUGAAGAAGAAUAUUAUAGAAAGUUGAAGGUUCGAAUGCCAGAAGAAAAAGGAUUGAACUUUGAAGAAUUCCGAUCAUUUUUCCAAUUCCUAAAUAAUUUGGAAGAUUUUUCAAUUUCAAUCAACAUGUAUGCUAUAGCCGGGAAGCCUAUUGGAGAAGACGAAUUUCACCGAGCCGUGAAAGUCACCACUGGACAAGACUUGUCUAAACAUUUGGUUCACACUUUAUAUCAGCUAUUUGAUAAAGAUGGUGACGGGAAACUCAGCUAUUCUGAGUUUAUAGGAGUCAUGAAAGACAGGCUACAUAGAGGAUUCAGGUUUUACGAUACACACUCGUCUCACGUAAUGAAACAUGUUGGAUGGAGUGGAUUCAAGAAAUGCAUGAAGCACAACAUUAAAUUAAGCAAAGCUUCAUAACAUCUAUCGGAAACGUUCGAAAUAUCCAACGGCGUACUUUCGGAAAACUAUUCUUCUUUCUUAUAUUUACCUAUAGCUGGAAAUACUGCUUUAAAAUAAAUGCUCUCAGGUCUAAAAUGCAAGGAACUAUACUAUACAAUAAAUGGACGUUUUGGUGUUUUGCGUUACAAACCGGAUUAUGUUGCUAAUGAUUUGUAUAUUUUGAAAAAAUGUUACCUGAUCAAGAGACAAUACCUUUAUCAAUUGAGCAACGCAUAUUUUCAUCUUAUUUUUAAGGAUUACUAUGUAUCGUCAUUUUGCAUUUGUAGGUUUUGCUGCUGUUGAUCUCUUUGUAGGAAUUAAAGUUUUAGGUGCACGUUUUUUGUAUGUAAUAUUUUACCAAUUUAAAUAUAUAUAUAUCUGUAGAUUUCUAAUGUAAUCACCUAUUCUGUUUGAACGCAGUUCUAGUAUUUCUAUUCUAUUUAAAAUGAAGUUGUUGCUAUGCUUUGGGACGAAUUAGCCACUCUUUUGGUAAUCUCGCGCCAAUUUUGUAAUACUAUAUGAGAGGCCGAUUUUUUUCGUUUAGUUCCGUCACAGAGAAUGCCAAAGUUUACAUCAGUUUGUUUUCAAAGUUUUGUUACCAUACUUUGCAUUUUACCUGGAGUAGAGUGAAUUUUUUGACAUUUUGUAUCCUCAUAGAAUUAAGAUUUAAUUUCGUCGUGUGAAGUCAUUAAACGUAUCCUCAUAAAUCGUGAAUUUACUGGAUCGUCCGUUUUUAUUUAUGCAUUUCGUUAAAUAUUAAGUAUCCUUCAAAAAACUAUUGUUGUGUAAAAAUAAUCAUCAUUCACACGCUGGAUUAGUUUGAUAUGGUUCUGUAAUCCAUAGAAGGAAAUUGGGAAAUAUACUAUAUAUUUGUAUGCAAAAAA